CAUGACUUACUCUGAAUGCAAGAACAAGAAAGGUUUAUCUCUAAAUAUAAUGAAGGGCUGUGUGUAAACACUGACCCUGACUCAAUUCUAACAAGCAUUUUAGACAUGAGUUUACAUCGGCAAAUGGGUUCAGAUCGAGAUCUUCAGUCCUCUGCUUCAUCUGUGAGCUUGCCUUCAGUCAAAAAGGCACCCAAGAAAAGAAGAAUUUCAAUAGGCUCCCUGUUUCGGAGGAAGAAAGAUAGCAAACGUAAAUCAAGGGAGCUAAAUGGCGGGGUGGAUGGAAUUGCAAGUAUUGAAAGUAUACAUUCUGAAAUGUGUACUGAUAAGAACUCCAUUUUCUCUACAAAUACCUCUUCUGACAAUGGAUUAACUUCCAUCAGCAAACAAAUUGGAGACUUCAUAGAGUGCCCUUUGUGCCUUUUGCGGCAUUCUAAAGACAGAUUUCCUGAUAUAAUGACUUGUCAUCAUAGAUCUUGUGUGGAUUGCUUACGACAAUAUUUAAGGAUAGAAAUCUCUGAAAGUAGAGUUAAUAUUAGUUGCCCAGAAUGUACUGAACGGUUUAAUCCCCAUGAUAUUCGCUUGAUAUUAAGUGAUGAUGUCUUGAUGGAAAAAUACGAAGAAUUUAUGCUUAGACGGUGGCUUGUUGCAGAUCCUGAUUGCAGGUGGUGUCCAGCUCCAGAUUGUGGAUAUGCUGUGAUAGCAUUUGGAUGUGCCAGCUGUCCAAAAUUAACUUGUGGGCGAGAGGGCUGUGGAACAGAGUUUUGCUACCACUGUAAACAGAUUUGGCACCCCAACCAGACCUGUGAUGCUGCUCGACAAGAGAGAGCCCAGAGCUUACGUUUGAGAACUAUACGUUCUUCAUCCAUUAGUUAUAGUCAAGAGUCUGGAGCAGCAGCUGAUGAUAUAAAGCCGUGUCCACGAUGUGCUGCUUAUAUAAUAAAGAUGAAUGAUGGGAGCUGCAAUCACAUGACAUGUGCUGUUUGUGGUUGUGAAUUUUGUUGGUUGUGUAUGAAGGAGAUCUCAGAUUUACAUUAUCUAAGUCCAUCAGGAUGUACUUUUUGGGGGAAGAAACCCUGGAGCCGAAAGAAGAAAAUAUUGUGGCAGCUGGGAACACUGGUUGGUGCUCCUGUCGGAAUCGCUUUAAUAGCUGGCAUUGCUAUUCCUGCAAUGAUUAUUGGCAUUCCUGUGUAUGUGGGCCGCAAGAUUCACAAUCGCUACGAAGGCAAGGAUGUUUCAAAGCACAAACGGAAUUUGGCCAUAGCAGGUGGUGUAACAUUGUCUGUAAUCGUGUCUCCAGUAGUAGCUGCAGUGACUGUAGGUAUUGGUGUUCCUAUUAUGUUAGCUUAUGUCUAUGGCGUUGUUCCCAUUUCUCUUUGUCGAAGUGGAGGUUGUGGAGUCUCAGCAGGCAAUGGAAAAGGAGUCAGGAUUGAAUUUGAUGAUGAAAAUGAUAUAAAUGUUGGUGGAACUAACACAGCUGUAGACACAACAUCAGUAGCAGAAGCAAGACACAACCCGAGCAUAGGGGAGGGAAGUGUUGGUGGGCUGACUGGCAGUUUGAGUGCAAGUGGAAGCCACAUGGAUCGAAUAGGAGCCAUCCGAGACAACCUGAGUGAAACAGCCAGCACCAUGGCACUAGCUGGAGCCAGCAUAACGGGGAGUCUGUCAGGAAGUGCCAUGGUAAACUGUUUUAACAGGUUGGAAGUACAAGCAGAUGUACAAAAAGAACGGUACAGUCUAAGUGGAGAAUCUGGCACAGUCAGCUUGGGAACAGUUAGUGAUAAUGCCAGCACCAAAGCAAUGGCAGGAUCCAUUCUGAAUUCCUACAUCCCAUUGGACAAAGAAGGCAACAGUAUGGAAGUGCAAGUAGAUAUUGAGUCAAAACCAUCCAAAUUCAGGCACAACAGUGGAAGCAGUAGUGUGGAUGAUGGCAGUGCUACCCGAAGUCAUGCUGGUGGUUCAUCCAGUGGCUUGCCUGAAGGUAAAUCUAGUGCCACCAAGUGGUCCAAAGAAGCAACAGCAGGGAAAAAAUCAAAAAGUGGUAAAUUGAGGAAAAAGGGUAACAUGAAGAUAAAUGAGACGAGAGAGGACAUGGAUGCACAGUUGUUAGAACAACAAAGCACGAACUCAAGUGAAUUUGAGGCUCCAUCCCUCAGUGACAGUAUGCCUUCUGUAGCAGAUUCCCACUCUAGUCAUUUUUCUGAAUUUAGUUGUUCUGACCUAGAAAGCAUGAAAACUUCUUGUAGUCAUGGUUCCAGUGAUUAUCACACCCGCUUUGCUACUGUUAACAUUCUUCCUGAGGUAGAAAAUGACCGUCUGGAAAAUUCCCCACAUCAGUGUAGCAUUUCUGUGGUUACCCAAACUGCUUCCUGUUCAGAAGUUCCACAGUUGAAUCAUAUUGCUGAAGAACAUAGUAAAAAUGGAAUAAAACCUAAUGUUGAUUUAUAUUUUGGUGAUACACUAAAAGAAACAAAUAACAACCACUCACAUCAGACAAUGGAAUUAAAAGUUGCAAUUCAGACUGAAAUUUAGGCCCAUAAAUGCUGCAAAAUAAUUACCACUGUACAACUGUGUUUCGAGCUGGUUGAACUACAUGUGACUUCUUAAAUUUCAGGUUACCAGCAAAAGCCAGGUUUCAUUAUCAUAAUGCAGAUACAUUUUCUGUGUUCGGCAAGGCAUUGUGUGUCAUGUGGAUCUUAGUUACCAAACUAUGAAAUGAAGGCUUUAAAAGUGCAUUAUUUUAAGGAUAAUAAAUUUGAAGAGCAAAGCAUGUUUUGUGUGUUUGCCACAAAACAUUGCUUGAAGCACAUACUUAGAUAGAAAUUGGUCUUAAUUUAUAAUCAAUAUAAAAUACUAAUGCAAUUCUACAGCAUUCAAAUGAAAACUUGAGGCUUUAGGGAUAAGUGGUUAGUGAUAUUUUAUUGAAACCACUAAGAUAAGUUUAAAGGAACUGCAUAGGUUACUCUCAGUAUAUGAUACUCUUUGUAACAUUUCUAUUUAUAUCUGGGUAUAAAUUUCAUUUUUUUCUUCAUAUGCAAUGUGGUUAUAUAAAGCUUAAAGCAGCUCAUUUGCUACCAUUUGGAUACUUAGACACUUUGAGCAAAAUUGUGGCAGUUUUUGCACAACUUUGAAAUAGAAAUACCUGGUACUCUGUCUUGUAUAUUGUUGAUGCCAUCUUAGAGGAAAAAUGUAAAGGUAAGUAAGCAUAUGACAGCAACAAAUAAUAUAUAUAAAACUACAAAAUAAAGUCCCAUUAGGUUAUAAGUAUUACAAAAAAAACACCUUUCUCAAAGGGGAAAUUUGUACCCCAUUGAUUCUUGGUGCCUUUGGGUUUGACUGGGUUUUAAUGGCCUAGUUAUUUGAGGAUUUUGCUGUGUUGUUUUCCAUGUCUUCUCUAGUCACCUUGGAUUAUAUAGAAAAAUACAGGAAAUAGAUAAUCAUGAAUGUGAUUAAUAAUAAUGCUGAAAAAGUGUUAGCCUACCAAAGACACACUCAGGCUUUAGUGAAUAACUUUACAUAACCUCAAUUUUUAACACAUGCGUAUCUUCUCCAACCAUGAAAUCAAAGCACGGUGCAGAGCUUGUACCAAGUACAAAAGGUCCAUGUAUGAUUAGCAUUAUUUUCUUUUGCUUUUGUUUAUGGACAAUGUUCAGCUGACAUAAGCAGAAGUUGGCCAAAAUACUGCCUGUACUGUUAAUUUCCUGUAUAAUUCACUUAAAUAAAAGCAGGUUAACCUCAAUGAUAGCAGUUAAAAUGUUCUAUCUUAUGUAUUUCUUUUAAGUAUUACCAUUAUGGUGCUACUGAGCGUUUUCUUUUGGUAAAAAGAAAAAUGCCAUGGGCUGCAGUCUUCUUCCAUCACUUUUCCCUACCAGGUCCAUUAAUAUGCUUAUAACACUAGUGCCAGUUAUUUUAUUUGAUAAUGCUUAUGGUAUUUGUAUAUUUGUUUGCAUUCCAAUUUUGUUUAAUGAGUGUGUAAACUGCAUACGUUAAAUAAAUGUAAAUACUAAUGUAUUGCU